GCUCAGAGAUGCCUGUACCACGAUGUGAUGCUGGAGAAUUUUGCACUUACAUCUUCAUUGGCUUGCAGUUCUUAAACAUCCACCAGUUGUUGAAAGAGAUCCCCCAAGAAACAAGUCAGCAGAGAUUGAAUCCCUGAAGUUGUGGCUUUCUGAGAAUUCUUGUUAAGAAUGGCUUUAGACCUUAGAAUCUCCUUUCAAGAUGAACCAUCCAGGAAGGAUCCAGGGUCAGAUAAUCUAGAGCUUAAACCCAGCCAAGGAUCUGCCAUCCAGGAGGGAGAGGGGAUCUCUGAGUUCCGGAGCACUCAGCUCAGCUUAUUUCAAAACAGCAAUAACUCAUGUGCAAGGCAGGAGCUGCAAAGACUCUAUAAAUUAUUUCACUCAUGGCUGCAGCCAGAAAAACACAGCAAGGAUGAAAUAAUUUCUCGUUUGGUCCUGGAACAGUUUAUGAUCAAUGGCCGCUGCGGUGACAGGUCCACUUUACAAGAGAAAUGGAAUGCAAGCGGCAGAAACCUGGAGAAAUUCAUGGAAGAUCUGACCGAUGAUGGCAUGAAGCCACCUGGCUUAGUCCACGUCCACAUGCAGGGACAGGAAGCCCUCUUUUGUGAGAAUAUGCCCUUAAGAGAAGUCAUUGUUCACUUCACAAAACAGUUGUCGACAGGAACUCCAGCAAGAGAGAACAUGGGGACACCUUUCUGGACUCCUCAAGAUACUUCCCUGGAAACAAGACAAAGUGAGUGGGGAAAGCCCAGUGAAGGUAAAGAAAAUGGUGGCAACAUUUCUUUGAAAACAUGUCAAGUAAAUGACCGUAUUACUAGUCCAAACAAUCAACUACCUUUCCUACUCAUUAUCCAAGAAGAGAACAGUCCGAGGCCUGAAGAAGGAGGUGUUUGUUUGGAGAAUCCACUCAGCUCCAGAAAAGCAGGUCCAGGCCCCUCCAGGUCCCAGGAAGGGUCCCUGAAAGGACCCUCCUAUCAAGAUGUCCUUGUGGAGGUGGAACCAGAGUUUCUCUUCAAGCCAGACCAGGUCACCCUUGAGCCUGUUUCUACCCACCAGAGCACUGAGGGGAACUCUGCACGUGGGGAACACCAAGAAAGAUUCCACGGAGCCCCAAAAGUAUACAAAUGUGAGACGUGUCCCAAGAUCUUUAGGUAUUCCUCUCGGUUAAAAGUUCACCAGAAAAGACACAAUAAUGAGAGGACAUAUAUUUGUGCCGAGUGUGGCAAAGGCUUCUUCCAGGCAUCAGACCUACAUGUGCAUCAGAGGAUUCAUGCAGGAGAGAAGCCUUUCAUGUGCAGCAUGUGUGAAAUGGCCUUCAGCCACAAAACCAACCUUCGGGCUCACGAGAGAAUCCACACGGGAGAGAAGCCCUAUGUAUGUUCCCUUUGCCAGAGACGCUUCCGCCAGUCCUCCACCUACCACCGCCACCUUAGGUUUCACCAGAAAAUUGCCCUCAAAAGUGUUCCCUCCACACUAAAUGCUUCCUUGGCUAUGGCCCCAAUGUGAUGUAUAGAAAUUAUGU